AUGCCAAAAGAAGAACAUUUUGAACGAUAUACACCACAAUUUCCUUUAUCUAAUGAUAUUACAGAUAUGUCUGAACAAGAUACUCUUUGCAAAUUUUGUGGUGUUUCAUAUUUGAUUCAUAAUGAAAUAAAAACACUUGAAGCCAAAUGUCAAAAACUUGAAACAGAAUUAGCUUAUCAUACUGGUAAAAAAUCACGUGAAACGAAUUUAAAACAAACAUCACAAAAUGAACAGACACGUAUUUCUGAUCUUGAAUCAAUAAAUGCUAUAAAUACUCAUAAACUCAAUGAAAUGUCAAGAAAACUUCAAUUAUUACAAGAUCAAUUAGAAGAAUCAGAAAAUGCUCAUAAAAAAACUAAAUCUUCUAUUUCUAAAUAUUCAUCUAAUCUUCGAGUUACACAUAAUCAAAUACAAAAUAUUCGAAAAGAAUAUUUACUUUUACAAGAUCUCUAUUCAAAAGAUACUCAAAAUUGGAAAACAUAUCUACAAACUACUGAAAAUACAUUACAAAAAGAAUUGCAAACAAGCAUGACUAAAUUUACAAAACAAAUAAAUGAUCAACAAACUGAAACGGAACAAUAUAAACAGCAACUCAAAGAAACAAAUCAAUCUCUCCAUGAUCUUCAAAUAAAAUAUCAACAAAUUCAAUCUGAUUCCAAAGAAUCUCAUUCAAUAACACAAAUUGAUCUCGAAUCUGCUCAUAACGAAAUAAAAAUUCAUCAGGAUGAAUUAUCUCGUUUACAUAAACAAAUUUUACAAUAUGAACAAACUCAAACACAAUUACAAAAUGAAUUGCAGCAAAGUAAACAAUAUUCUCAUGAAUUAGAACAACAAUUAUCCGAUAAAAAUGGCGCACAAAAAGAUAUUGAUCAAUAUCGACAACAACUUACAAUAGAAAAAGAACUUCGAUUAAAAAAUGAUACAGAAUUAGAAAAUCUGCGUUCAAAACUUCUUCAAUUAACAACCGAAUAUGAACAAUUAAAUUCAAUGAAAACAGAAUUUCAAAUAAAUGAAUCAAAUACUCGACGAAAAAUCGAUGAAACGAAUCGAUCACGUCAAGCUAUUUUAGAUCGUACACGUGAUGAAUAUGAAAAACUCUUACGAAAAUAUACUGAUCUUGAUGAAAUCUAUCGUGAACUUGUUCCUCUACGAGAAAAAGAUACUUUAGAAUUAAAAAAAAAUCGUUCUGAACUUCAACGUCUACAUAAUGAAAAUGUUGAAUUAACUAAACAACAAGAAACAUUACAUAUUACACAGGAUAUACAAAUAAAAAAACUUCAUGAUAAUUAUUCAAAUAAAUUACGCGAAGCUGAACAAUGGCCUGAUCGUCUUCAAUUAGAAUUAAAACGUGAACGUGAACAACAUCGUACACAAAUGAAUGAAUUUGAACGUCGUCUAAAAGAAAAUUUUGUUACCGAAUUAAAUAUUGAAAAACAAAAAUAUGAUGGACUUUUACGUAAAUAUGAACAUGAACGGGGUUCUUCAAACGAACAAUUACGUCAUGAAUUAAUAUCAACUGAAAAAGUCACUAUGGAACACCGACGUUAUUAUACCAAACAAAUUGAACAACUUGAAAAAGAAAAAGAUAACUUACAAAAAGAAUUAGAUAAAUUAAGAGAUCUUGUAAAAGAAUUACAUGAACAAAUUAAAAAACAAGAAUCAAUGGAUAAAGAUCAUGUGAAUAAUUUAAAAUUAAAAGAAGAUUUAUUGAAUAAAGAAACGAAUCUAUUUCAAGCACAAUCAACAAUAAAUGAAUUAAAAAAAGAUAUAAAACAAGCACAAGAAGAAAUGAUGACUUUACAAGAAACUGUUCAUAGAGAAUGUACAGAACGUGAACAGCUGAAAGAUGCAUUAAUUGCAGCUCGUCAACAACUACUUGCAUUGAAGAAAAACGGUGUUCUUAAUGGAAAUGUAUCUCGAUCACUACAUUCUCCACCUAUAGCUUUUGAAGAAAUUGAAAAACGUGUAACUGCACCUAUUCCAUAUUCUCAAAAUCAACGACAUCCCACUAUGCAUCCUUUUACUCAGUCAGAACCAACAGCUUAUAAUAAUAGUCUUCCUGAUGAUGGUGCUAUUGCUGAUUUAACCGCUCGACCGAUAUCUGCAUCUCAGAAUAUUCAAAAUCCUUAUAAACCUCUUCCACCUAUUUAUUCUCAACGACAAAAACAACGUCGAAAUAAACAAAUUUUAUUAUCAAAUAAAACAGAUCAUUUACUUCAAAAUCAACGACGUAUUGUUCGAUUUAUUAGACAGAUGAAAUAA